UUACCACGUAUAAAAUGCUUGAUACUCCCGUCCUAGACAACACACUCGUCUCCACCUCCACCACCACUGUCCAUCAUGAAGUGCUCCGUUCUCCUCGUCCUCCUGGGUCUGGUCUCCCUGGUAGCCGCCCGCCCUGAAUCCAUCCUGGACCUCUCCGUAGAGGACUUUCACCAGGACAUGGACAUUGACGAAGACAACACCAUCACAGGCUCCUACAGCUGGACGUCUCCAUCUGGUGAGCAGUUUUUCGUCAAGUACAUCGCUGACAAAAAUGGCUUCCGAAUCUUGGAGUCCAACGCCGUCCCCGUCACCGUAGGUGGUGUAGCUGCCGACGGUAGACAGGGAGCCUCCCAUUCCUCCGAGGAAUCUAAUGACAGCAGGUAGACGUCCUGCAGGAUUACGAAGGAUCACACCGGGCGGGAUAUGAAAGUUGAUGCUGGACUGUUUUAAGACUCGCGUGAUUUGAGAUACUUGGGUGUGGGAGGCGGCGAGGUAGGGUACCUGAAGGUGUAGAGGCCCACUCGUCCCUCUCCCUACACCUUCCCUUCUCACUUCCCUCUCGCGAUGUUAUCUGUCUUCACACUUUACACAUAUUUACACUAGUUUAUUUAUGAACACAACAACAUUACAUCAAUAAAGAAUCAAAGUA